ACUAUUUUAACUCUUCUCAUGUUCAAAUCUGGGUGUUACAAUAUAAUUUCUGAUACGCCUUGUAAUGUUCAAUUUCUUUAUUCAGAAAAUAUGGUAAAGGUUGUUAAAAUAGUCAUUCAAAUAUCUACGCAUAGAAGGAUUAAUGGAAUAGGUGGUAAUAAAAAAAUAAAUUUUAUUCAAUCAAUGGAUAAUUAUGCGGGGAGAGGUUCAAGCAGUGGAAGCAUUGUUUCUACAAGAGGAGAGCGUCCAUCUAUAGAUUUCAAUGGCUUAUCAAUGGCUAGUUACCAUGUUGAAAAAAUGCCGUAUAGUCAUUCUGAAGAUCUAGCCUAUUGCCGAAGGAUUAAUAGAAUAGGUGGUAUUGAAAAUAUUAAGGUGGUUGUGUCCAUGAUGAUUGCAUCUCCUGCACAUUUUGUAAAGCUAAUCAUCCAUGAAUAUUUAAUGUUAAUAUAUGUAUGCAAAUUAUAUUCUGUCAAUAGACAAUUGUGUGGGGAUAGGUUUACGCAGGAGAAGCUGGGAGUAAGACAGGUUUAGACAAUGAUGUGUAACGAGUAAAAAUUUUGCAAUGCAAAAGAGAUUUCAAUGAC